AUGGACACUCUCCAGAGCACUCAGGCUCCCCCAACACGGCCGUUCCGCUGCGAUGAAUGCAGCAAGUCCUUCUCGAGGCAGCACGAACUCAACCGCCACCUAAGUGAGGCCAAGGCUCAUCAAUCUGCCCUAAAAUGUCUCUUCCCUGGAUGUGAAAAAGCGUAUCAGAGACACUUGAGAACUAAAGAACACUUUUGGGACGAACAUUCAGACGAACUUGUCUCUUCUUGGGAGCAGCAUACGAACAGGCAGAGGCUGGAAAGUCAAGCUGCUGGGGCACAACCUCUGCCUGGCUUACCAUACCCAUCCGAGUUCUUCAGUACUGGACCCCAGCAUCCAUUGAUGUCUAAUAGCACAAGUCUUCAGCCAAACACGACGUACGCUCCCUGCAACCUACCCUAUCAACAAAUGCAGCCGUCCUACCUGCCACAAGGCCAACAAGGACACUCCGUGAUCUCAAGGUCCCAGAGUGGAAUGUCUGCAACGCCUUCGCCGCCGUCCUUCACGUCACCAACCUUGCCAUACAGCAACAUUAUCUUCAGUCCAAUGGCGCUCCCAUCAGCCUCCCAAUAUCCAAUAUCAACUGGGAUCUUGUCUUCCUAUGAUGUGCGCCCAUCGAUUUACGGCGUGGCAGCGCCCAACUUCGAUCCAGCUGUGGGAAGGGGGAUCAGUGCGCCUGUUGGGGAAGGCACAUACGAGUUCCACAACGAGACUAUGGACGGUGUUGAAGGCUCUGGAAAUGCACAAGGAUCCGGCAAUGGAAACGUCGCGCAGAACUGGGACCGAUGGUAA